CUGAUUUUCGGGAAUUCCCCUUUGGAAUGCAGAUAUUUUCUGCUAUGGGUAUUUUGUGCAGUGAUACAAAAAUCAAGCCGGAAUGCAUCGUUGACAACAGUCCGGAAUACUUUGAAGAAAUCGACAACUGUCUGUAUUCUCAGUACCCCGCCAUCAAUGCAGAAACAACAGAUGAACACUUGAGACGGUGUCUAAAGUUAAGUACUCUAUCCCGGUGCGUGAAAAACGUCAUUGGCAAAUGUGACGUCUACACAGGAGAUGUAUUGGCACAACAUGUGACAUUAUUCACACCAGACUGUUAUUCUACUGUUAUUAUCGGCUAA